GCCGCAGUCUGGAAACUACCAGGUCACACCUGGGCAGGUGGCUGGCCCCUCCUCUCUGGGUAGAGGAAGCAGGAACAGGUGGCUGUGAGAGGCAGUGGGAAGAUCUGCUGAGCAGCGGUGGCUGGAGUCCCAGCUAGGAUGGGCUCUCUCUGGGCCCUGGCUCUGCCCCUUUUCUUCUGCUGCUGGGAGGCUGGGGCCCCUGGGAGCUCUGCAGGCGCCAACACCCAGGGACCAAGCCCUUUGGUGACAAUGAAUCACACAGAAGUGCCUGCUGUGACUCUGGGGGUCAACACAAACUUAGAGGGAGCCUCCGAGACCACUGACCUUGCUCAGGCCUAUGUGCCAAGUCACACCCCUUUAGAAACUCUAACCCUGGGCACCCAGACCUUUGAUAAGACCUUACUCCCAGCCAGCACCAUCUCAGAAGCAAAGAUCAGGGAAACCCAAACCGUAUCUCCUGCAACAGAGACCAGGGCCCUCACAAAAAUAACACCUUCCAAGUCCAUGUCUGGGAUCACUACUUCUGUGGAGACAUCAGCCACAAGCGACAGCCCCUCAGGAACUGGAAUGACCACAGUUGAGACGGUGACAGAUAGUGAUCUCUUGGAAGCUGUCUUUGACACCCUUUGUGCUGAUGACAGCUCUGAAGAGGACGAGCGGAUCACCAUGGAUGCCUUGACAUGGGCUCACACCUCUGCAGAAGCCAGGGCUCUGGCCUUGGAGAGCAACUCAGCUCCAGAUAUCACCUCACAAGCCCAGGAACCUGACAUCACUGUUCCACCGAAAGCCUUGGUUGCCUACAAGAUCACCAACAUUGAGGCUACUAAUUGCAACAUAAUAGAAAUAGAAGAAACUGCCAUCAUCGCUGGGACCUCAGACGUAGAUCACAGCCCCACAGGAGGAAAGACCCCAUCCAUCCCUGAGACAUCAGCUUUGCCUGACUUCACUAAAGCAAAAUCACAUCUCACCAGGACCACAACCCCUUCUGAGGCCUUGUCAGCUGACAGCACCACAGAAUCAGUUGAGACCCCACAUACUGCCAAUAGCUUUACAGGAGAAACAACAGCAGCCAAGGCCACUGCCCCCAGUGGAACUUUGGUGACAGUAAACAUGAACCCCUUGGAAGAAACCUCAGCCCCCUCUGUUGAGACAACAAGCCACGCUGAGGUCUUAGGAGCAGUUAAAAUUUCCACAGAGGCUGGGUCAACAGUUGGCAGAGCAACUUCCUCUGCUGAGUCCUCAGCUAUGGGCUACAGCUUCUCAGAUGUAGCCACCAUCAAGGAAUCCACUCGCUCGGAGACUUCUACCACAGACAGCACAACCAGUGGGCCCAUUCCCAUCAGCAGGGGUCCUCUUCCUUCUGUCCAUUUGGCUGCAGCCAACAGCAGCCAAGAAACAGAUAUCACCUUAGCCAAGACCACAGCCUCCCCAAAGAGCUCGAGGAUAGCCAGCAUGGCCGGAGGAAAGUCCCCAGUAGCCACACCCACCACUGCUCGGACCACAGGAGUCACUACAGGUGGGGAUGAAGGCUUCCUCCUCCUGAGGCUGAGCGUGGCCUCCCCAGAAGACCUCACUGACCCCAGAGCGGCAGAGAGACUGAUGCACCAGCUCCGCCAUGAACUGCACGCCUACCUGCUUCCCAUCCAAGUCUCUCUGCUGCGUGUCAGGGGGGACUAGAGAGCAUCAGCUGCAGCCAGGCAUGGCUGUGUGCCAAGAGGGGGCAGUGCUGCCUUUCUCUGUAAUCCACCACAGACUGGAGCCCAUUGCUGUGCCAAGAUGUACCUGGAAGGUUCCCACGGAGGUCAGCUCGCCUAAGCCCUUACCCCAGACAUGACUGCGGGGUCCUGGCUCACAUAUGCCCCAGUGUAUCUGUGUGGUGGGUGGGGCUUCCCCUGUUUCAUGUCCUUGGACUUAAAUGGCACAUAGUUGUCUUUCAGUAAAGAGUGACCUGAUCACCCAUCUGUCAUCGACGGGAGGGGGGGGGGGCGGCUUUCAUCCUACAAUAAAUUACACUCAGUGUGGCCCGGAGGUUAUCUACGUGACCUGUGUGUUUCUGACAUUUUUAUGGUACAGGGAUUUUGUGCAUCCUCACUGCCACCUCCCUCCUUUAUUGCUCCCCUGGUUCUCGGUUUGGACUUUGAUUUCAGCGCUUACUGAGGCUGACACUGGAGCCUGUUGAA